CUCCUCCCCUCUCACUCUCGCAGAGAGCGGAGGACGAAGAACGCGAGAAGAAGGAGAAGAAGAGGAAGAGGUUGUGAGAUGAAGGAAGACGAGAAGAGACACGGAGGGUUCGGGAAUGAGGAGGAUGGAUACGGCGAGAUGGGAGGUGCCGGGUGGAGCAUAGCGCCGAGAAAGUGUGAUUCCUGCGAGGCGUCGCCGGCGAUUCUCUUCUGUAGGGCCGACUCAGCCUUCCUCUGCCUGAACUGCGACUCCAAGGUGCACGGCGCGAACCGCCUGGCUUCCCGCCACGAGCGAGUCUGGAUGUGCGAGGUCUGCGAGCAGGCCCCCGCAAGCGUCACCUGCAAGGCGGACUCGGCCGCCCUCUGCGUCGCUUGCGACAACGACAUCCACUCCGCCAACCCGCUCGCGCGCCGUCACGAGCGCCUGCCCGUCGUGCCCUUCUACGAGCCGGCGACGGUCGCCAUGAAGUCGGCCGCGACUGCGAGCCUGCUCGUCCCAGCUGUUGAACCGGAUGACCUGCUGAAGGGACGUGGCGGCGACGGCGCGGAGGAGGAAGACGACGAGGACGAGGAGGCCAACGCCCGAGCGGACGAGGCCGAGGCCGCCUCUUGGCUGCUUCCCAACCCUAAGGUAUGUGCUCAGGAUUGCGAACUCAAAUCCGGAGAGUAUUUUUUCCAAGACGUCGAUCCUUACCUCGAUCUGGACUAUGGAUCGUCGAUGGACCACCGUUUCAACCAGAACAACGGCUCAGACAGCGUCGUCCCUGUGCAGAACAAGUCCACGCCUCCGGCAUCGGUUCGGACAAUCGACGGUUCCGAUCAGUGUCUGGAGAACGAUUUAUUCCGAACGAAACCCGGAUUCAGCUACACCACGGCCUCGCUUAGUCACAGCGUGUCGUCGUCGUCCCUCGACGUCGGAGUGGUGCCGGAUGGCAGCUGCUUGACCGAUAUAUCAAACCCUUACGGCCGGAGCAUGAAGGGCUCGGGAGCGAUGGAUCUGUGCGCGCCUCACUCGACAGCGCAGACCGCACCUCACUACUCCCCGCUCGACAGGGAGGCUCGGGUGCUCAGAUACAGGGAGAAGCGGAAGAACCGAAAGUUCGAGAAGACGAUCCGCUACGCGUCCCGCAAGGCUUACGCGGAGACGAGGCCGAGAAUCAAGGGCCGGUUCGCGAAGCGCACAGAGGUCGAGGUGGAGGUCGACCGGAUCUACUCCGCCGCCGCGGCCGUCCUCAUGGCCGACGCCAGCUACGGAGUCGUCCCCUCCUUUUGAUCCUGAAAAUUAAAGGAAAAAAGAAAAGAGAAUACAAGAAAGAAAAAUAUCCUGAACUUUUGAAGUUCUUCUCUGAUCUUCUUUCUUAGGCUCUUUCUUUUUCUUAUGCAGGUCCUUAUUUUCCCCUCUUUUCGAUGUCCGAAAGUAUGUAAAUUUUAUGUAUGCUCUUGAGCUAACUUUUUAUUUUUCAGAACUAUCUUCGAUUUUA